CAAUCUACGACUUAGAUUACUGCUCGGAUUGCGUCACUAGCUCGCAAGUAGAAUAAUGGUGCAGCUUAUAAAUACAGGCCGAGAGGAUCUUACCCACCGCUCGCACCUUCGCAUUCCCCAUAACCACCCUGCACAAGCGGAAAUACACAACUAAUGGCUCAACAGAAAGCAUUGUUCCUCAAGGAGAAGCAAGGCGCUUGGGAGGUCGGCACUAAGGAGGUCCAAAAGCCCGGCGCAGGGGAGCUCCUUAUCAAGAUCGAAGCGACUGCAUUAAAUCCCGUCGACUGGAAGAUCCAAAAGUACGGUUUCUUCAUCCAAAACUACCCCGCCAUCCUCGGUACGGAUGCGGCUGGCACGGUGGAGGCAGUCGGCGAGGGUGUGACGGGUUUUGCUCAGGGUGACAGAGUCCUCCACCAGGGAUUCUUUAGCAACGAUAAAGCGACGUUCCAGCAGUACACUAUUGUUCCCGCUGAGAUCACCGCCAAGCUCCCGGCUAGCAUCUCCUUCGACCAAGGUGCUUCAGUGCCCCUUGCGUUAGCCACCGCUGCGAUCGGUUUAUACGGACCGGCCGAAGGGUCAGUUGGCGCUGGGUUGACCCCUCCUUGGGAGGAAGGUGGACGUGGCAAGUACGCCGGAAAGCCCAUUCUUAUCUUCGGAGGCGCUACUUCCGUCGGACAGUACGCUAUCCAACUCGCCAAGCUCUCUGGCUUCUCCCCCAUCAUCGUCACCGCUUCCCCGAAACACACCCAGUUCCUCAACUCCCUCGGCGCGAACCACGUCGUCGACCGGAACGCCCCCCUCACCGCGCUCGAAUCCUCCGUCGCGCCCCUCCUCACUUCGCAGCUCGAGGUCGUCUACGAUGCCGUCAGCUUCGCUGACACGCAGCAAGCAGGGUACGACCUGCUUGCGCCCUCGGGGACGAUCGUCCUCGUAUUAAAUUCUCAGAUCAAGGAGGAUAAGAGCCUCAGCAAGAAGCAGGUACACGUGUUUGGGAACGUACAUGUACCUGCGGCGCGCAAGACUGGCGUGAGCUUGUACAGCAAGCUGACUAGUCUGCUGGAGAGCGGCGAUCUCAAGCCCAACCGUGUUGAGGUGCUGCCAAAUGGUUUGGCUGGGAUUCCCGAUGGUCUCAAGCGGAUGGAGAAUGACCAGGUCAGUGGAGUGAAGCUGAUCGCCCACCCGCAGGAGACGGCGUAAAGACAGGGAAAACAGAAGGAAUGAAUUAUUGUAAUAUUAUCGGGUUGAAAUAUCUACGGGUACCAUUGAUUCAGCUUGCAUCAUCACCACCUAUGCACGGCUGAAGCCUGAUGGUGCAAAUUGACGGCUGUAGCCAGCUCAGCCGGGUUAUCUCGGUAUAUACCAGUGAAAUAUAAGGUAUUUCUUCGG